AUGGCCGACAUUAAAAGCAUUGUGGCCUGCAUUUCGGCCAACAUCCGUGAGCCGUCGAAGGAUGACGUCAUACACUUGGACGAGUGCAGCGUGACCGGUUACAAGAACAUCUUCGAGGACGGUGUGUUCGUGGACCUGAUUUCCUUCGAGAGCUUCGGCCUCAGCUGCCUCAAGUACAACUACAACCGAGCGCAAGAGGAAAAAAGCGAAAUAAAAAAUCUGACCCUAAACGUGGAAGGAGGCUUCAAGGAAAGUAAGGUAUACAACUACCAGUACGAAUAUGCACUGUACGACUUGCAGACUAACCUUUACAUUAGUUUAGAUGAAGUGGAAGACGAGAGUGUAAAAAAUAUAUGUAACAAAAUAAUAAGUCAUAAGAAUGAGCUGAAAAAGGAGAACCAGAACAAAUGGGUGAACGAAAUAAAGGAAAGCAAGUAUGCAAAGGAUCUAGUACAGCUACCAAACAUUACAAUAAAAAAUGAAAACCUCGAAUGUGCAGUUUGCAAAGCUAAGAAGAAUAUAUGGCUGAAUUUAUCCGAUGGGUACAUAGGAUGUGGAAGGAAAAUAUUCAAUUAUGGUGGGGGUUGUCUGAACAAUGAAGAAGGAGCAGCAUUAAAGCAUUAUUACGAAAGUGGAAAGAAGUACCCCCUAGUUGUAAAACUAGGAACCAUCACGAAAGAAGGAGAAGCAGAUGUGUUCUCCUACGCGGAUGAUGAAAACGACAGUGUAAUAGAUCCCUACAUAGAUGUGCAUCUAAAGAACCUAGGAAUUAACAUAACAAAUUUAAACAAAACGGAGGUUACCACUUUAGAGAAAGAAAUAAAAGAAAAUCAGAACAUUAAUUUUUCAUCCAUACUAGAUAAGGAUACACAACUUGUAUGCAAAGAGGGAAAGGUUGGAUUUGUAAACUUAGGAAAUACGUGCUAUAUGAAUUGCGCGUUGCAAGUGCUCCUCUCCAUUAAAGAGGUCAGCUACAGAUAUAUAGACAACCAGUUAGACUUCCUACUAACCCUGGACAGGAAAAGUAAGACGCAUCAAGAUAUGUUCAUUCAGUACGCAAAAUUAUGCACCCUGAUUUUUAAAGAAGACUAUAUUAACAAGAAAAAAAAUUAUAUAAAAAGGUUUAAGGGAGAAUGUGAAAAGAGAAAUGUAGACGUAACCUAUGACAGCGAUGUGGAUGAAGAAAAUUGCGUAAGCAUCAAUCCGUCCAUGUUUCGAACGUGCCUAAAUCAAAAGGGGAACUCCUUCUGCAAUAAUAACCAGCAGGACAUUUUCGAGUUUUUAACCUACCUCCUGAAUGAGCUGAUCGAAAAUGAAAAUAAUAUUUUCCAUAGAAUCCUAAGCGGGGAAAAUGCCAGUAAGAGGAAAAUCAACCAGUUAGUAAAUAUUGAACAGGGGAAGGAAACUAAGAAGAGUAACAACACAUCCCCAGCGGGAGGUGCAAACACACAAAAGGAUAAUGGGCACAAAAGUGAUAAGUCCCUCUUCAACCUCUUCACCUUCGAAAUGGACCAAACCAUCGUAAGUGACGAACAUAACGUAAGUAGGAGCUCCUUCCAAAAUAACAUCCUCUCCUUGGACAUCCCCCUGGAUAACGCUGUGUUGAAAAAGUUGGAAGAAGAAACUUCACCUACUUCACCCCCCCCCGUAACGCUACUAGACUGCCUCAAUAAUUUUAUAAAAAAGGACUACAUUGAUGAAUACUACAGUGAGGAGAAAAAAACGAAAACCUUAGCUCAGAAGGAUAUUAAAUUUAAGACCUUCCCUCCGUACCUUUUUAUUCACAUAAAAAGAUUUUACGCAGAUGAGAACUGGAACGCGAAGAAGAUAAAUGUUCCCGUUCAGGCAGAUGAGUAUAUCAACUUGGAGUUUAUGCGGUCGGAAAAUAGUCGUGUCGAGGGGGAUAAAAGCAGUGCGUAUGGGGAAGGAGGACCAGGGAAAAACUCCACGAAUACUGCUCACGCAGGGAAAAACAGCGAUGAGUACAUCAUGAAACAGUAUAGGGAUCUCUUGGAUUCCCUUCUAGACCUCGGAUUUGAAAAGGAAAAAGUUUUGGAGGCCAUCAGAAAAGUGAAGGUCAAAAAUGUCAACAACUGCAUUUCCUACAUUUAUGGAGAAGACUCCGUAGAAUUAGACCCGCAAGAAGUCAACCAAGGAACAACGGAGGUCAACUCGGAAAAUUUAAAUUCCAUCGUCAGCAUGGGUGUGAACAAGAACGUAGCCAUGGCUGCUCUCCUCAUAAACAAAAACGACUUGCAAAAAUCUAUUGAUUAUAUUUUCACCAAUAUGGACGACCUUACAGAGAGUAAAUGCGCCUCGAUUGUGAACAGGAACAAGUGCGAAGACGGCAUCGCAAACUACGAACUGGUCGCUUCCAUCGUGCACAUGGGAAGUAACGCCAACUCGGGCCACUACAUCUGCUACAUAAAGGACGAUUCUCAGUGGUACGUAUACAACGACAACAAGAUUGGUCUGUGCGACACGAACAAGGGCAGGGACACGGCAUACAUCCAUUUGUACAAGAGGAUCUGA